AUGCAGUUCUCCGAAGAAGAAGCAUCGCAGGUGAAGCUGUGGGUGGUGAAGAAGUUGGAGGAUAUAUCGGAUGCUGAUUCGGAUGUGCUUGCGGAUUAUGUGCUCGCAUUGAUUCGUUCUGAUGCGCCGGAUGAUGAAAUCAGGAAAGCUUCCGUUGAAAAUCUGGAGGAUUUCUUGAGAGAGCACACGAACUCAUUCGUCGACGAACUCUUCUCUACCUUUGGACCUAAAGAGCAGGCCCCGCCGGUCGUUUCGCACGGGGAGCAGCUCCCGCAGGGCAUUCCCGCACAGCAACCCCUUCCAUUCAAUGCGCCAUCUGGUCCUGCUAGUGCUUCAUAUAGCUCGCCUAUGGAUGCGUACCAGCAAGACGGCGCGAACUAUAGUCGCAAGCGCAGCUACAAUGAGGGUUUCCAGGAUCAAGAGCAGCAGGAGGACGUGCCUUACAACCGGACCUUCAAGGCUCCACGUCGCGGGCGUGGAGGUGGUCGCGGAGACUGGAUGGGGAGAGAUAAUCGUCAGGCCCCUGGUCAGUUUCCUCAAGCAUCGGCGGGCGGGUUUCCGGUUAUGCCUCCGGCAUUCCCUGGGUUUGAUCAGAAUGACCCCAUGGCGGCGAUGAUGGCUCUCCAGAGUAUGGGAUUCCCUCAGAUGCCUGGGAUGGCUCCGAUGCCUAUGGCUCCGGGUGCACCCGGUCAACAGCAGCCGCAGGUUCCCAAAAGCUCAGAACGGUGCCCGUUUUAUGAAACGCAAGGUAUCUGCUACUUGGGAAAUACCUGUCCGUACCAGCAUGAUACUCUGCGGGAAGAUGAAUAUGACCCGAAGUCGUCGAAUAUCAUGAUGGAUGUCCAGCGCCAGGGACCGAAUGGUCCUAUGCGCGGUAGCGACAGAGGUCGUGGUCGCGGUCGUGGUGACCGUGGCGGUUUUGGUGGCAGAGGCCGUCGCUCCGAGUUCUCUUCAGCUGGUCCUAACGAGGACACUACGGUGACGACCAUCGUUGUCGAGCAGAUCCCCGAGGACAAACUCAACGAGGAGUCGGUGCGGGAAUUUUUCUCUCAGUUUGGUGAGAUCGUAGAGAUCUCAUUACAAACACACAGAAAGCUUGCGUUGGUCACCUACGACAGUCAUGCCUCCGCCAAGCGAGCAUGGUCAAGUCCCAAGGUCAUUUUCGACAACCGAUUCGUCAAGGUCUACUGGUAUCGACCCAAGCCUGAGCGGACUAAUGAGCAGCGUCCUGGUGAAGCCCCUGAAGGUCCAGCAUUCGACCCAGAGGAGUUCCAGAGACAACAGGAAGAAGCGCAAAAAGCACACGAUGAAAAGAUGCAGAAGCGCAAAGAGACGGAGCAAGCCAAGCAAGCCCUUGAACAACAACGUGACGAACUGCUAAAGAAACAACAAGAAGAAAAGGAUCGACUCCUCCAAAGACUCAAGCAAAAGGGCGUCAGCAACGGCACCGGAGUCGAAGAAAGCAAAAAUGAGCCCGUGGCCGACGAAAACGCCAGCGAACAGACCAAGCAGCUCCGCGCGCAACUGGCAUCUCUCGAAGCUGAAGCAAAGACUCUCGGCAUCGACCCCAACCAGGAAGGCGGAUCCUCAUUUGGAUAUCGUGGUCGUGGACGGGGAUUCCCGGGAUUCCGUGGCCGGGGAGGUUUCCCGCCGCGUGGUCGUGGGUACGAUCCAUCGUUCCGAGGUGGAUUCCGUGGCCGAGGAGCAUUCCGUGGACGUGGUGGUGGUGUCCUUCGUCUCGAUAACAGGCCUAGAAGGGUUGCUGUUUCGGGGAUUGAUAAUUCUGAGAAAGAUGAAGCUUUCCGACAGUACCUUAUUGGCCUUGGUGAAUACGAAUCCGUCGAACCCAACCCCGACCAACCCCACUCCCUAAUUGUAGCCUUCAAAGAACGCUACCAAGCUGAAAAACUCAUGUUCAGCUCCUGGACCAUCCCCUCUGUCGGCGAAGUCCAGCUCGCCUGGCUCCCCAACCUCCCCAUCACAGCACCAUCUUCCACACCCGCAACACCGGGUCAGGAGCUUGAUGCGGCGAAGGCUGGCGGUGAUGACGAUGAUACGAACGCGAUGGCUAUGGAUGCCACGAUGACGAACGAGCCUGAGCAACGAAAGGAUGGCGGUCAUGAUGUCGAUUAUGAUGUUGCUGAGAUGGAUGAUAAUUGGGAGUGA